AGCUAAACGAGAUGGAACUCUUCAAUGUGAAGAUGCAGAAAAUUAAAAAUGACAGACGAAAUCCCAAAUGUUCUCUCAUUUGCGAAUUACACCAACUAUAUACCAAUUUUGGGAACCGUUCUUAGUUUCAUUCUGAUCGUUUUUGGGAUUUUAAGAUUAAAUGAUGAAAAUAUUUUUCGCAAUUUUGGUGCAGUGACUAGAUUUGAAGAAAAAAUGGAGCAACCAGGAUACAAAUUACAGAAUCCAUUCAGCAUUGUGCUAUCACCUGAUUUGAAACACUUAGAUUUGUCUUUAAAGCAAAGUUGCUUGAUAUACAUUUAUUGGGGAGCUGUGAUCACAGAAUUUUUCCAAGAAAUUCAAAAGCCUUGGUUAGAUAUACUGGAAAACUUAAAAGCAGGAGAGUGGUUGAAAGAGUCUACAUUGUUUGUAGAAACAGGGAUACAAUUAAGUCCAGGAAAACAUAAACAACUCAUGAAAAACCAACCAGAAGUGACAGGAGAGCUUUUAGGAUCUAGACCAAGAAAAAGAUACCCAGCAAUAGUUAUAACAGUCAUAGAAAAUAUAUCAGAUUUAACCAGCAGUUCAUAUCCUCAAAUUGUUGCAGUAUUUUCUGUGAUACAUGUUCAAGAUACAGUAUGUAAUAGUGAUACACACAUAAUGUACCAAUAUCUUAAAACAACAGACGACCAGGUGACAACAUUACAGCCUCUGUUUGUAUCACAGUUACAACAAAGUGAAGUAUCCCCAGGAGGAGAUAACUCCAUUAAUGAUAAUGACAAUGUGGAUUCACAUACAUCUGUCAGUCAAGACAAUGUAGCACAACAUAGCAGUAUAAUUGAAAACAGUGAUUUACAUAGACAGCCUCAGAGUGAAGACCAUCCUCAUACAGGAUCUAAUGGUAAAAAUGUACAGACACACUCAUCAGAAUGUGUAGUGUGUCAAACCAAAGAUGUAACAAUAGCCAUUCUACCAUGUCGUCAUGCAUGUGUUUGUGAUACUUGUUUACAACAGUUAGAUAAAUGCCCAAUGUGCCGUGGUUAUAUCGUGUCAUAUUUCAGAAUAGGAGAUGAAGACAAUUUUUCUUCUCAUGAUUCUAGUCAUAGAUCUUCUAGAGAAGGUAUAUCACAUAGUAGAUUGAAUGGUGAAAGUAGAUGGGAACAUUUCAACAGACGCAUCAAUGAAUUCCUAGGAUUUCAAUAAAUGGAUUAUUUUUAAUUUAUUGUUAUUUAUUUUCAUUCAUCAAGAAAUACAUUUUAUUUCAUUACAUAACAAGCAAAAGUAACGCAAUAGAUUUCAAGGAUUAAAUUAGUUUUGUGCUUAAAAAAUCUCAUUACAAUGAUAUGGAUAAGACAGAAUGGUAAACUUGCACUAAAUUUUAUCUCAAAUAUAAAAAUAUUUUAAUAUUAACUUAUUGAAAAGGUAGUCUCACUAAUACAACUAGU